GAGCAGUUGGUUUGGACCGAAGCUUAACUGAACGUAACCCAGCCGUAUCACCAUCACCGUCAAAGGACCCCUCCUAACAGGGACAUCGCCGUGGCCAUCGCAACCCGCGCCAAACCGACGCGAUGGCUCCGGCACGGGACACGCCGUUCCGCUCGGCGGACAUGAGCAUGGUGCAGCUGUAUCUUUCCAACGAAAUCGGCCGCGAAGUCGUCAACGCUCUCGGCGAACUCGGCCUGGUGCAGUUCCGCGAUCUCAACGUCGACUUGACCGCCUUCCAGCGGGCCUUCACUCAGGACAUCCGCCGCCUCGACAAUGUCGAGCGCCAGCUCCGCUAUUUCCACGCUCAGAUGGAGAAGGCUGGCAUCCCUCUCCGCAAAUUCGACCUGGACGUCGAUACGCUCGCUCCGCCGACGACCGCCGAGAUCGACGAGCUGAUCGACCGCAGCCAGAGCCUGGAGCAGCGCGUGUCCUCGCUCAACGAGAACUACGAGAAGCUGAAGAAGCGCGAGGUCGAGCUGACCGAGUGGCGCUGUGUUCUGCGCGAGGCCGGCGGAUUCUUUGACCGCGCGCACGGCAACGUCGACGAGAUCCGCGCCUCUGCCGACGACGACGAUGCCCCGCUCCUGCAGGACGUGGAGCAUCACAUCUCGGCCCCCGAGGUCGAGCGGUCCUUCUCCGGCAUGAACAUCGGCUUCGUCGCGGGUGUCAUUGCCCGCGACCGCGUCGCCGCUUUCGAGCGCAUCCUGUGGCGCACCCUGCGCGGCAACCUGUACAUGAACCAGGCCGAGAUCUCCGAGCUGCUGAUCGAUCCUGCCAACAACGAGCCCGUGCAGAAGAACGUCUUCGUCAUCUUCGCCCACGGCAAAGAGAUCCUGGCCAAGAUCCGGAAGAUCUCCGAGUCCAUGGGCGCCGCCCUCUACAGCGUGGACGAGAACAGCGACAUUAGGCGGGACCAGGUGCACGAGGUGAACGCCCGGCUCGACGACGUCAAGAGCGUCCUCCGCAACACGCAGCAGACCCUCGAGGCCGAGCUGACUCAGAUCUCGCGCUCCCUGUCGGCCUGGAUGAUCCUGGUCAGCAAGGAGAAGGCCGUCUACAACACGCUCAACCUCUUCUCGUACGACCGCGCCCGGCGGACGCUGAUCGCCGAGGGCUGGUGCCCGCGCCACGACCUGCCGCUUAUCCGCUCGACCCUGCAAGACGUGACCAACCGGGCCGGCCUGUCGGUGCCGUCCAUCAUCAACGAGAUCCGGACGAACAAGAAGCCGCCGACGUACCUCAAGACCAACAAGUUCACCGAGGCCUUCCAGACCAUCGUCAACGCCUACGGCACCGCCACCUACCAGGAGGUCAACCCGGCCAUCCCCGUCAUCGUCACCUUCCCCUUCCUGUUCGCUGUCAUGUUCGGCGACCUCGGCCACGCCCUCAUCAUGCUGAGCGCCGCGCUGGCCAUGAUCUACUGGGAGAAGCCGCUGAAGAAGGUUACCUUUGAGCUCUUCGCCAUGGUCUACUACGGCCGCUACAUCGCCCUCGUCAUGGCCAUCUUCUCUGUCUUCACCGGCCUCAUCUACAACGACAUCUUCUCCAUGUCCAUGACCCUGUUCGACAGCUCGUGGGAGUGGAAGGUGCCCGACGACUACCGCCCCGGCCAGACCGUCAGCGCCAGGAUCCGCGACGACAACUACCGCUACCCGUUCGGCCUGGACUGGCGCUGGCACGGCGCCGAGAACGACUUGCUCUUCACCAACAGCUACAAGAUGAAGAUGAGCAUCAUCCUCGGCUGGGCCCACAUGACGUACUCGCUCUGCUUCUCGUACAUCAACGCCCGCCACUUCAAGCGGCCCAUUGACGUGUGGGGCAACUUCGUGCCGGGCAUGAUCUUCUUCCAGUCCAUCUUCGGCUACCUGGUCGUCUGCAUCAUCUACAAGUGGUCGGUCAACUGGGACGGCACGCGGGCGCCGGGCCUGCUCAACAUGCUCAUCUACAUGUUCCUCCAGCCGGGCUUCAUCGACGUGCCGCUGUACCCGGGGCAGAAGUACGUGCAGGUCGCGCUGCUGCUCAUCGCCAUCAUCCAGGUGCCCAUCCUCCUGUUCCUCAAGCCGUUCUAUCUGCGCUGGGAGCACAACCGCGCCCGCGCAAAGGGCUAUCGCGGGAUCGGCGAGCGUUCGUCGAGGGUGAGCGCGCUGGACGAGGACGACGACGACGCCGCCGCCGGCCGCAACGGCCGGCCGAGCGUGGAUAGUGCUGCCGGCGAGGGCGUCGCUAUGAUCGCGCACGACCUGGAUGAUGACGGGGACGAUGACGAGGCCGGGCAUGGCCACGGCGACGGGUUUGAGUUUGGCGAGGUCAUGAUCCAUCAGGUCAUUCACACGAUCGAAUUCUGUCUCAACUGCGUCUCGCACACGGCCUCGUACCUCCGCCUCUGGGCCCUCUCGCUCGCCCACCAGCAGCUCUCGGCCGUCCUCUGGUCCAUGACCAUGGCCAUCGCGCUCAAGGGCACGGGCAUCGGCGGCGCCAUCUUCCUCGUCGUCGUCUUCGCCGCCUUCUUCUGCCUCAGCUGUAUCAUCCUCAUCAUCAUGGAGGGUGUCUCUGCUAUGCUUCACUCGCUGCGUCUGGCCUGGGUCGAGUCGUUCUCCAAGUUCGCCGAGUUCGGCGGCUGGCCGUUCGCGCCCUUCUCGUUCAAGCAGUUGCUGGAGGAGGCCGAUGAUCUGAAGGAGUAUAUGGGGUAGCACAGGGAAAGCGGGCGGGGUGUUGCUGUACACGGAAGGGCAGAGAUGCUGGGUUGUUCUUGUGCGUGUACAAUCUGGGGCUGUGUGUAACGUUAGUUUUUAGCUUGCAUGCAUAGAGAGGUACCAUCUUUGGUUUUGCACAUAUGCCGCACUACCUACCUACAUCCACUACGCGGUGCGCGGUAUAUUCGCCCACGCCCAGCUCGGUCGGUUCUGCCGGGUUAGUUUUUGCGUGUUUUUGCAGAACAGACUAUGCAGUGGUGAGCAUCCCAUCCCCUUUGGCUUGUCUGGACUACGCCGUAUGUAUUGCGCUUAGGUGGGAGUGAGUGCUGGGUCACUUCUCCCCCCUCAACGCCUCUCUCUCUCUCUCCCGC